AUGGCUUACAACUACGGCCCUCCCCCGCCGGCUCCUCCGCCGGCGCCCCCGAGUUCUUCCCCGGCCGGCUAUCCCUCGUACGGUCCUCCGCGUGGCGGUCAUAGUGGUCGGGGUCGCGGCGGCUCUGAUCGCGGCGGUUAUCAUCAACCGCACCACGGGUACAACUAUGGCCACCAGCAGCCCGCCUAUGGCCCUCAGACUCCUGCCCCUUAUGCGGCUCCCGCGGCCCAGUCCGGCUACCCCCAGCCACCGCAACAACAGUCGUGGCACCACGAUCACAGUCAGCAACAGCAUGCCCAGUCGGGCGCGCCACACGCCUUGCCGGCUCAGAACUACCACCCGAACUAUGCCCCACAGAUUUACCAGCCUCAGCAACAACAGCAAGGCUACGCCGGCCAGCCGCCGUAUCAACCUGCCCCUCAGCCGCCUUACGGCCAACCCUAUGCGGCUCCCGCGCCCAGCGGCCCUCCUGCUCAACCGUGGGGUGCUCAUUCCCAGUCGCCCGCUUCUCAUGGGGGAUACAGCGGUGGUGGUCGUGGCGGUCGCGGUGGUUACAAUGACAGGAACGCGCCCAAAGGCCAGUUGAUGGGCCCACCCAUCCGAAUGGGAUUUGACGCCGGACAGGCUCAGGCCGCCCCCGCUCCAGUGAGCGCCCCAUAUCCAUACGCCACUCCUCCCACCCCGCCGGCUGCGUAUCCUUCACCAUACCAAGGUUAUCCGGCACCCUCUCCCUACAUGCCUACUCAUCAGCCUUUCGACGGCCGUUCUGGCCACGGCGCGCGCCAUCAUGGCCGCGGCGGUUUCCAGCACAACAAAUCGCGCGGCCAUUUCGGCGGCGACAAGAACCGCGGGCGCAAUAACAAUAACCAUGGCCGGGACAAGAGCUCCACAACCCAAUCGAGCCCCGCCCCGCAACAGCAGCAGAAGGCUGAUGCUGCGUCUGCUGGUAAGAAGAAGAAGCGCAAGACCAACACGCUUGGCUUGACGCCUGGCGACGAGUCGGAUGAAGAUGAUGAGAAUGAAGAAGAGCGCCUUAAUGAGAUGUAUGGCGCUGACGCCCCGAACCCCCAAACCUCGGCCGAUAUUGCCGCUUGGAUUGCCGAGCGUCGCGCGCGAUUCCCGACGAAAAGCAGGAUCGAAGCGAGGAAGGCCGCCAUCAAGGCCCAGACCAACGAAGCCCAGCAGGCUAAGAGCAGCGCCCUGGAGCAAAAGGCCGAGAAGCUGCGCAAGCAGCUGGAGAAGGUCGAGUCGAGCAUCAAGCGAAAGCGCGAGCAGCAGGAUGAGGGCGACGACAUGAGAGACAUUGACCUGAGUUCUCCCUCGAGCGAGAUCAAGUCGGAAGAAGACGAGAAGCCUGAAGUCAUGUCGACUCGUUCGGCUCUGAGCAACAUUCCCCCGCCGCCGCGAAAGGCGGACCCGACCAAGCAUUGCAAGUAUUACUCUACCGGAGGCACGUGUGGCAAGCGGGGCAAGUGCCGCUUCGUCCACGACCCGGCCGUCCGCGAGGCCGCUUUGAAGGAGCGCGAGAUGAACGGAGGCCGCAUCACCUUGCAGCAACGCAUCACCCUCAAUGACAAGGACCAGGAGGAUCUCGCUAUUGUUGAGACCCUCAAGUACCUCCAGGACAGAGGCGUGCUCCCUAACAAGGCAUCCAACGGCGAGGCUUCGGACGAUCAGCCCGAGGAGACGAACGUGGCCACCGAUGGUGAGCCGACUGACACUCCGGCCAACGGCACGUCUGCCAAUGGCUUGCCCCCCAUUCCCCCGGCCCCCAUUACAUCGGACAACACUGACAAUGACGGCAACUCAACCAAGUACCCUGGCUGGAACCUGAGCGGCUUCGGUAACACGGGUGUCACGCCGAGCGAGUAG